AAUGAUUGCUUCUAGAUGACUGGGAGAUUGCUCCUUAGCACCAUGAACAAGAUGAAGAACUUUAAGAGGCGUUUCUCUCUUUCUGUUCCUCGCACUGAGACCAUUGAGGAGAAUGAGUUUACUGAGCAGAUCAACCAGCUCAACAUACAGCACACUCAGGCGGACCCUCACAGAUUAACUGGGAUUUUUCCAGCUAUGACUGGUACCACCACCGGCACUGAGCCACGGAGGAUCAGCAGGCUUCUAAGGAAAAUGAGGGUUACGGUGGAUGACCUUGUGGCGAAUGGCCACCACCUCCUCAGUGACUCUGUGGACGAUGCGGUGGACAGUGGAUCGAGGCACAUGUUCAUCUCUCCUUCCUCUGUCCACCCAGUGUCCCUACUGAAGAACCUGAAACAUGCCAACAUCGUCACACUGCACGACAUCAUCCACACCGACCGCUGCCUCACUCUGGUGUUUGAGUAUCUUGACAGUGACCUUAAACAGUACUUGGACAACUGUGGGAAUCUCAUGAGCAUGCAUAACGUCAAGAUCUUCAUGUUUCAGCUGCUGCGUGGUCUGUCCUAUUGUCACAAGAGGAAAAUCCUCCACAGAGACCUGAAGCCACAGAACCUGCUGAUCAAUGAUAAGGGCGAGCUCAAACUGGCCGACUUUGGUCUGGCGAGGGCCAAGUCUGUCCCCACUAAGACCUAUUCCAAUGAGGUAGUAACUCUAUGGUAUCGGCCCCCUGACGUGCUGCUGGGCUCUACAGAAUACUCCACACCCAUCGAUAUGUGGGGCGUGGGCUGUAUCCUGUAUGAAAUGGCAACAGGUCGCCCCAUGUUUCCUGGUGCCACAGUGAAGGAGGAGCUACACCUAGUUUUUAGGCUCAUGGGUACUCCAUCAGAAGAGACCUGGUCUGGUAUCAGCAGCAAUGAGGAGUUUCGGUCUUACCUUUUUCCUCAAUAUAGACCUCAAGCGCUCAUCAACCAUGUGCCCAGGUUGGACACAGAGGGGAUCGACCUGCUGUCUGCUUUGCUGCUGUACGACACCAGAAGCAGAAUCUCCGCUGAAGCUGCUCUACGACAUCCCUACUUCCUGUGUCUAGGGGAUAACAUACACAAUUUGGCAGACACUGCUUCAGUGUUUUCCCUCAGAGAGGUGCAGCUCCAGAAGGAUCCAGGCCACCGCAGCUCAUUGUUUCAGCCUUUAAGUCGCGGAAAGAACCGAAGACAAAGCAUCUUCUAGAGGUCACAGAAGAGCAGCAGAGACACGCAGAGAAGAGAAGCUGCCUUUUCAGACCACAGCACAAAGGCCAACACAGCUCAGCACAUUCACAAGCAUGCUCACACAUGAAGUGCACAUACCUGCAUGUACACACAAACUCAUGCCCAUGGCAGCUGACCAUGGAGGCACACAGUGUUUCUGGAAUGUGUACUGCACUUGACAUGAUUGAGUUGAGACACACUUUCCCUCCACACACACAUACAGUACGCACAUUUGUACAAUCAGCAACACUGAACAUGUUGUCAUUACUUAGUUGCACACACCAGGGAUUUCAACCCAAGAAAAAAUGGGCUCCUAAAUGAAACUGCUCUGCUCUGUUAUAGUGUGCACAUACGCAAGCUUGUAUAAUUUCCAUUCAGAGCACACACAGAACUCUGACCAUCUAAGGUAGCUACCACACCUGGAACCAUCAUGCAGAUGCAGGUGUACAGAAGUUAGGGUUGUGGUGUGAGUGGAGGGCAGUUUAGUUUUAAGUUAAGUCUAAUGAGGUCCGUUUCUUUACAGAUUUUGCUAAAUGUUUGUCUUACUGACAUUUAGGCUUGUUUCUAAAACCAAGAUGUAGCUUAGAUACACUCUCUGAUUUUGUUAUAGCUUCCAGUGGCAACUCCGAUUUGGGAAAGACCUCCCAGUCAACAGUGACAGGGCCGUAGCUAGGAUUUAAAAAAAAUACUGAGGUCAUAAAUUCCCCAAAUGCACCCCUCAGCACCUUCAAACAGUUAUGAGGAGAAACAGCAGGUUUGUAAAUUUUGUUUUUUCAUAUUUUAUUUAUUCAGUUAACUGUUAAGAUGCACUUUGUCAGUUGUAUUUCCAAGCAUGAAAGUCCGUCAUUAAAUUAUCUGAGAGAAAUGUUAAAAAUGUCAUUUAUGUAUUAUUAUUAUGGCCUACAAGUAGUCAUAUAUAAACAUACUGAAUCAAAAUAUAUUGGAAUCAGCUUAUAAAGCUUACCAAAACUUCAAGACAAAAAAAGUAAUGGUGGACAAGACUUUCAAAUAACAAACUCAGGGUGUGUAUCUUUCCAAAGAGUUAAAACGUUGAAACUAUGUAUUGUAUAUUAUGACUAACUUAUGUCUUGAGGUUGUACAUAUACAGCAGUACAGACAUUGAAAUUGUAGCAAGCCAGUAGCUCUACUCACAUGAAGCUAGCAUUGAACCUAUGUACCAUAAAAUCUGACUCCAUCAUGAAGAUAAAACUCCAGUGUAAAAUGGAUUCACGCCGACAGAAUUGCCUUGCCACAGUGUCCGUGUUUCAACUCAGUUUUGUUCAAUACAGUGUUAACGGCUGAUUUUCACUCCAGUUUUUCAAGUUGCCUUAGUAAACUGUGUGUGAUACUUUGGGUUGUGAAUAAUAUAUAUUUUAUCUAGUGUAGCCAAUGUGUUAGGAGGCAUUUGCUUUGUGUGUGUAAAUAACUCACUAUGAGUAAGUAUGUAUUUCUUAGUCACCUAUUUGCACAAACCAGAAGUGUCCUCUGAAGCCUGCUCCCUUCCCUUUGUGUCUUACAUGGUCCCAAAAUAUGACUCCCAUAUUGUCACAAAACCCCUUAAACCUAGACCAGUAAACUGGGAAAGUAUGUCCUAUAGGUACUUUCUAGUAGCAAAUUACUCUCAGUAGGACUGAAACUACCCCUAAUAUUUUGCACAGCUCUGUUGCAUUGCUGUGGAGCAGCUUUUGGAUGUAGGACCACAAUAGGCAGUGUAUAAAAGUACGUACAGUACAACUUUAGAAAGUAUACAUAUCUGCAGAUGUGAAAAAUAUGAAUUUUCCUUAUCUUAUGUCCUCAAAGUUCAAUUGUUACUGUGACUGAUCCCAGAGUUUAUGCUUAUGCCCUAGAAGAUGAAAUGAUCUGCAGACACAGAUCAAGACAAGAGCUUGUGGCUAAGCUAUGCUCUCUUCUGUCCUUAAUCUGCCCUAACUCCAUCUCCAUCUUCUCCUUCCUUGUCCAGUGCUGCUGAGAACCAGCUGAAGUUUCCAUGUAAGCCAAUGGCGUUGAGGCCACAUUAAUAAAUGGUGAGGUGUGAUCAAGGUUGUCUGUUAAGUUAACGGUGCAAUAUACAAGAGAAACAAAAGGUCUGUGUGGAAUACAAUAGUGGUUCCUACUGCCAUCAUUGUAGCAUUUGAAAUGGUAGUAUUCCAGUAGCUUGUAGGCCAUGUUGACUCAUAACUCUAAGGCUGUUUGUAUGACUCUUGCGCUGGGCUCUGAAAACAUGCAUGCACUGGUGUAAACCUUCAUAAUGAUGUAAACGCCUCCUGAAAUUUGAAACAUUGUAUUCUGCAUUGGUACCGACUGUGCAUGGCUCGUUGGAGCAUCCCCAGCGCCCAGUACAGUCUCAGAGAGCAAUGGUAAAUGGUAUGCACUUGUAUAUCGCUUUUCUAGUCUUCAGAAGGCACAAAGUACUUUACACUUCAUUACAUCCACCCAUUAACAUACAUUCAUACACUGAUGGCAGAGGCUAAGGUGCUAACUGCUCAUCAGAAACAAAAAUUCACAGCAAUUUGGGAGCAAAAACAUUAGCAAUUUGGGGUUCAGUAUCUUGCCCAAGAUCAUGCAGAUUGGGGGGAGCAGAGGAUGGAAUCACAGAUAUUCUGAUAAGCCUGCGACCAACUUUACCUCCAGCCAAAGCUGACCCAAUAGCAAUUCCCAUACAGAGAGGAGCACAACUUAGUGAGGCUGGCAAGCAAGGAAGGCAAAACACACCAAGCAUGCCACAUUUGCCCAAAAGGGAAAAAAUAGCAAGAACACACUCACACUCAAACCGAGAGUCACGGCAGGGGGGUCAUGACAAACUCACACCAGUAUAUACACAUUAAUUGCUGCGGACAGUGCACACACAACCACAAUGGAGAUCAUGAGCAGGGCCACGUUUCAGAAAACGGGAUUAGUGAAAAUAUGUUGUUAAGCCUGAGAUGAAGGAAACUCAGGGUUUUCUGUGCUGAGCUGAGGAAGCCUUUCGGACGAGAGGCAAAACGUCUUAAAGAAAUCUACUGCAAGUCUGCAGCACUUUGAUUUAGCACUUCUUGAUGACUGGAUCCACUGAACUGAACAGGUCGUCAAGUAAGAGCAAAUAAAUGGCACCUUGAGACUGUCUGGAACACAGAGGUAGAGAAGCUGACCAGUAACCAGAGACUUGUUGGUUUGACCCUCAAAAGCCAAGCAGUCGAGCCCUAAAGAUCUCCAGCACCAGACUGAUUUGAUAGUCACAUAUGUGCAGGUCAAGGGGGUUUGUGUUGAGACAAAUGUCAGUGAGAGUUAAAUGGCCGCUGAAAGUUUUUCUACCUCUCAAAGUAAAUUAGGUUGUUGGAAGAAUUAUGUAGUGACGACCCAACCCUCUGUUCACCUGCCAGCGAGUGCAAGCAGAGGUGGAGGCAACAAGGAGAGAAAUUCAGGGCGAACCGGCUGGGGCUUUAGAGGGAUGUAUAGCUGUUGAUGUUCCACUUCCAAACUCCCCGCUCCUUCCCUAAGUGGCAGAAGUAUUACUGUGUGUUUAGUUGUGGUAAAUUAAGCUAUUUUAAAUACUAUAAUUAUAAAGAAAUAAUAUAUAUGUAUUUUAACAGAUGUUUCAUCUUUCUCAGUGAGUUUUAUGCCAUUACAAAAUAGAGCACUGUAUUUAAAAUAAAGGAAAAAACCUGCAGACGAUGUCUAAAUGUUUUAUAAAAGAUAUGUUUAGAUUUUGUAUAUGAUGUGAUAUUUUGUGUGAUUUGUCUACACUGUUAUAAAAUGAGAAAUUGAAUGUACUGUGACUGACAACAGGAAUAAAAAUGAUUGAACAACUGAUUAAUUAUUGAAUGAAUAAACUAUUGAAAUUCUGUAACACA